AUGGUUAACGACCUUGACAAGUCCAUUUUAACGGGAAUUAAAGACGAGGAAAUCGAAGCCGAAAUAGAAGAGACGUCGGAGUUUACGGACACGAUAAAUCUGGCUUUAAUAGCUCUCGAGGAAGCGAAAAUAUCAAAGGAAAACGAAGGGAAAAAUGUCGAGAACGCAAGUCAACCUGAAAGUUCACCGCCUCUAGAAGAGGGAAAUUACAACACAUCCAGCAUUUCAAUCGGUAGCAAGGUAAGAGCUAAACUUCCUAAGCUACAAUUGUCUACAUUUAAUGGAAAUUACACUGAAUGGCAAUCCUUUUGGGACAAUUUUGAGUCGGUUAUUGACUCGAAUGAAGAUUUGAGUGAAAUCGACAAGUUUUCGUAUGUGAGAGCGUCGUUAAGUGGGUCAGCGGCAUCCGCCAAUAAGGGGUUUCCCCUGGCAGGAUCAAAAUAUUCUGGUGCAGUUAAAUUAUUAAAGGAAAGAUACGGAGAUUCUCAGAAAAUUAUUAGUACUCACAUGGUUUUAUUGAUAAACUUACCAGCAGUUUUAAAUGGGAAAGAUCUUAAGGCUAUGAGACAAUUGAGCGAUGACAUUGAAGCCCAUAUGAGGGCACUGGAGUCCCUGGGGUGCAAAGCAGAACAAUAA